AUGGAUAAGGAGAGACACUCCAGGAGCUCCAGGGACGAUCGUGAUCGGGAUUCGAGUGCGGGUCAUUCUCCGGAACGUGAAGGCGGACGCCGGCAUCAAGUCCGAGAUCGGGACGGUGAUUCGAAGCGCCGUGAUUCAGAUCACUACCGGUCAUCGAGGCGCGACGAAAGGGAGGAUGAGAGAGAUAGGACUAAGGAUAGAGCUCGGGACAGAGGGAGAUCUACUGAGCGAAGCGAGAGGGAAGGUAGUAGAGAUAGGGAAAAGCACCAUCAUGAGAGGUCUCACGAGGGAAGUAAGGAGAGGAGCAAGAGGAAAGAGAGAGAGGACGAGAAUGGGAAUAGGGAGGCGAAGAAGAAAUCUAGGUUUUCUGAUGGGAAUGGUGAGAGGAGAAGCAGGUUUGAGGAUGCGGCUAUUGAACACGAGCACAGAAAUGCUGAAGUGACUGAGGGUUCUGGGGCUAUGAAUGCAACCAGUAGCGUUCCGAUUGACGCUUCUUCGUUUAGUUCUAUUGCAUCGGAAACUAAUUUGGCCACCAGUCAAGCCCUGCUCACUAAGGUAUCUUCGAUAUCUACAAAGGAUGAAAAUAAGGGAGUUAGUAUUGUCAGGUCUCAUGAGGUUCCUGGAAACUCUAGUACAGAUGGAAGAGCGUCUUCAACGGCUGAGAAAAGUAGUGCAGAGUUGUCCCUUGAUGCAAAAGCGAAAGCUAUGAGAGCCAUACAGUUGGGAAAGGGAUUGGCGGAUAAAUUGAAGAAUCUUUCUAAGCUGAAGAAGGAUGCAAACUCAGCUUCAGAUGGUAGCCCACAUAGCACAGUGCCAAGCAUCGCUCCUGCAGGAACAUCUUCUGCUUCAGCACUGCCAAAUUUUCACAACAUUGAAGGUGUUAGGCGAGCUCAGGCGAUUGUAGCUAAGAUGGGGGGAUAUAUUCAGGGUCAAGAUUCUGCUCCCGCUAUCAAUUUAUUUACAGGACAAACACCCGCAGAGAUGGCAGUUCCACAGAGACCGAGCAAGCCCCCUGUUCUGCGCGUGGAUGCACUUGGAAGGGAGAUAGAUGAACAUGGAAACGUCAUUAGUGCGACUAAACCAAGCAAUCUUAGUACAUUGAAGGUUAACAUCAACAAACAGAAGAAAGAUGCUUUUCAGAUCCUUAAACCUCAACUAGAAGUAGAUCCAGCAGAAAACCCCUUUUAUGAUCCUAGGAUGGGUAUUGAUAAAACCAAGAUUCUGAGACCUAAGCGUAUGAGUUUCCAGUUUGUUGAGGAAGGUAAAUGGAGUAGGGAUGCUGAGAAUUUGAAGUUGAAGAGUCAAUUUGGUGAAGCAAAGGCAAGAGAGCUGAAGGUGAAGCAAGCACAUUUGGCAAAGGCAAAGGAUGAUAUAAAUCCAAAUUUUAUAGAGGUAUCCGAACGUGCCCCAAGGAAAGAGAAGCCCAAGGACCUAAUCCCAGAUGUUGAGUGGUGGGAUGCGAGUAUCCUCAACAGUGGCUUAUAUGGCGACAUGGCUGAUGAAACCAUUGCCGAUAGCGAUCUGAAGAUAGAAAAACUGACUCACUACAUUGAGCAUCCCCGUCCCAUAGAGCCACCUGCAGAGGCAGCGCCUCCACCACCUCAACCUCUUAAACUGACAAAGAGGGAACAUAAGAAACUGCGAACCCAGAGGCGUCUAGCAAAAGAAAAGGAUAAGCAGGAGAUGAUCAGGCAAGGAUUGCUUGAACCACCAAAACCCAAGGUGAAAAUGAGCAACCUGAUGAAGGUUCUUGGCUCUGAAGCAACCCAAGACCCAACCAAGCUCGAGAAAGAGAUCCGCACAGCAGCUGCUGAGCGUGAACAAGCUCACACGGACAGGAACGCCGCGAGGAAGCUAACCCCAGCCGAGAAACGUGACAAGAAAGUGAGGAAGCUUUUCGACGAUCCGACAUCGGCUGAGACGAUAGUUUCGGUGUACAAGAUCAACAAGCUCUCGCAUCCCAAAACGAGGUUUAAAGUGGAGAUGAAUGCGAGACAGAACAUGCUAACAGGGUGUAGCGUGAUGACGGACGACAUGAGUGUUGUUGUGGUUGAGGGUAAGAGCAAAGCGAUAAAGAGAUAUGGGAAGGUGAUGCUGAAGCGGAUUAAAUGGGAAGAGGCGGUGAAGAAGGAAGGAGAGGAGGAAGAUGAUGAGGAAGACGAGGAUGGUGGAAACAACAAGUGCUGGUUGGUCUGGCAAGGAAUCGUUGGGAAACCGAGUUUCCAUAGGUUUCAUGUACAAGAGUGCUUGACCGAAUCUGCUGCCAAGAAGGUUUUCAGUGAUGCUGGUGUUUCUCACUACUGGGAUCUCGCUCUCAAUUACUCUGACGACUAG